CCUUUCUUGCCGAUUGCGCGCACGCAAACAUGGUGAACGUUCCUAAAACCCGCCGGACUUUCUGUAAGAAAUGUGGCAAGCACCAACCCCACAAGGUGACACAGUACAAGAAGGGCAAGGAUUCUCUGUAUGCCCAGGGAAAGCGGCGUUAUGAUAGGAAGCAGAGUGGCUAUGGUGGGCAGACUAAGCCGAUUUUCCGGAAAAAGGCUAAAACUACAAAGAAGAUUGUGCUGAGGCUUGAGUGUGUCGAGCCCAACUGCAGAUCUAAGAGAAUGCUGGCUAUUAAGAGAUGCAAGCAUUUCGAACUGGGAGGAGAUAAGAGAAAGGGCCAAGUGAUCCAGUUCUAAGCAUCUUUUGUUUUAUCAUGAAGACAAUAAAAUCUUGAGGUUAUGUUACUU